AUGCCUAAUCCAAUCCGCACAGAUCUACACACUGUAGACUCCUCUUCAUUCCCCUACGUCUAUGAACAAAAUGCCACCGUGGCUCUGAAAUCAAGCGAUGGACUAGUCCGGUGCAACGUGUACCGGCCUCAUGGGUCCGGACCUGACGCAAGAGUCCCCGUCCUAGUAACUUAUGGCCCCUAUGGCAAGGACGCAUAUUACGGAGAUCAAUCCCGAACACAAGUCCACCAUUCCGCCUGGGAAACCCCAGACCCCGGGUUCUGGACCAACCAUGGCUACGCCGUGGUGAGGGCCGACGAGCGGGGUAUCGGGCAGUCUCGCGGCUUGCUCGACACCAUGUCCCGCGGCACCAGCGAAGCCUUCUUCGAGGUGGUGGAAUGGUGCGCCGAACAGCCCUGGUCGAGCGGCAAGGUCGGCCUGCUCGGAAUCAGCUACUAUGCCGGCAGCCAAUGGCGCGUGGCGGCGCGCAAACCCAAGGGCCUCGCCGCCAUGAUCCCGUGGGAGGGCAUGUCCGACUAUUACCGCGAUCGGUGUCGACACGGAGGCAUCCUCUCCAACAACUUUAUCAAGUUCUGGUGGAACCGCCAAGUCGUCUCCAACCAGUACGGGCGGCCCCGGGACGAAGAGAUCCUCGUCAUCAAAGACCUGGUCGGCGAUGGCCCCAAGAGGCCGAAAUCCUCGCCCGAAAGCUUGGAGGGCAACCUCUCGGCUGAAGAGCGGGAGCAGAACCGCCGAGACCAGACCGUUGACAACCAGCUGUAUCGGUUCCGCGACGAGGAGUAUUACGCCUCCAAGGAAUACGAUCUAGGGGACAUCGACGUGCCCCUCCUGUCCGUGGCGAAUUGGGGCGGUAUUCUCCUCCACUUGCGCGGAAACAUGGAGGGCUACGCCCACGCCGGCUCCGCGCAAAAGUGGCUCCGCGUCAUCACCGGCCGCCACGACCUACCAUUCUACUACAAGGAAGAAGUAGAAGUUCAACGGUCAUUCCUCGAUGCCUUCCUCAAAGCGGAAGACCGCGACGGCUGGACGACCGGAAAAGCGCACGGAAACCGAGUGGCCCAUCGCGCGGACGGAGUGGACGAAAUUCUACCUCACGCCGGAAAGGCAACUCACCCGCGAUCUGGCGCGAGCCCAAAACGCCAGCCAACGCCGCCAAAAGCUCACGUACGAGGCGCUAGGCACGCUGGAAAGCCCCAGCUCGUGCAGUUCCAAACCGAGCCGUUCGAGGCGGAGACCGAGGUGACGGGGAACAUUGUCGCGCAUCUGCUGGUCAGCGCGACGCCCCAGCCCGACGGGCCGACGCCGUCGGAGAUUGACCUGUUCCUCACACUCCGCCACAUUUCCGCCGAGGGCAAGGAAGUCUUCUACACCGGCACGGCGGGUGAUGCGGUACCGCUCACCAAGGGAUGGUUGAGGGUAAGCCUACGAAAGGUGGCCACGACGCAUCCCAAGCACCGGGAGGCACCAAGCAAGCUUCAAGGAUUCAACCACAUAUGCUUCGGGCCUGAUAGGAUGAACUACAUCACCUUGCCUGUGAUUCCGCCCAAGGCCGAGUAA